CUUUCAGAAUGGAUAAGUUUGAUCUUCUUGCAGUCCAUGGGACUCUCAAGAGUCUCCUCCAGCACCAUAAUUGAAAAGCAUCAAUUCUUCAGCGAUCAACCUUCUUUAUGGCCAUCGACCUUAGUCACCUCCUAAUGAUGGAUGGUCCAUUGCUUCAGAAGCAGCCUGUUCCACUGUUGAACAACUUUUUUCUUUCUUGUUGUUAAAGUAAUAGCCUCUCUCUUCCUCUCUUUUUACUUCGAAGAGAAAUCUGACCGUAAGCGAUGAGCCAUGGGAUCUGCAAGCAGGCAAGGUGUACGUAUCGGAGUCUUGCUUGAGUCCCGGGUUCAACACAGUCACUGCCAAAAAGUCCUUCCACCAGAAAUAUUCUCCAAGUUUGGAAACCAUGAUCCCCAUCCGCCUGAAAGCAAGGUCAGCUGUGAAUCCAAUAGACAACGCGGGGCUGAUCUCAUUUGCAACAUUUUCUUGGCUCUCGUACCUCAUGCUCCGAGGAUUCAAGCACAAACUCAGCAUGGACUCCUUGCCUCCUCUCUCUCCCCUUGACAGCUCAGAACCAAACACCAAAAGAUUGCAACACCUUUGGGAAGAAGAGCUGGCCAAAGUCGGUCCCAAUAAAGCUUCCUUACGCAGAGUGGUGUUUAAAUUUCAAAGGACCCGGAUUCUGGUAGACAUAUCGGCUAACAUCAUUUCAGUUAUUAUUGGUGCUUUGGGCCCGACAGUGAUCAUCCACAACAUCCUGGCGCACAGUGAAGACGACUCCUGGGACGUCAUCCAUGGGAUUGGCCUCUGCAUAGCCCUUUUCAUCACAGAGUUUUCCAAAGUCUUCUUCUGGUCGAUGGCCUGGGCCAUCAACUACCGCACUGCUAUCCGAUUAAAAGUUGCCGUGUCGACCCUGACAUUUGAGAAGCUGCUGUCAUUUAAGACUUUGGCACGCAUCUCUGUCAGCGAAAUGAUCAAUUUGCUAAGCAAUGACGGCUAUCGAAUAUUUGAUGCUGCUUUAGUUUGUCCCCUGCCGCUUGCUGUACCUCUGCUGAUGACCGUCGGCACAAUCUAUUCCUGCACCAUCCUUGGUCCCACGGCACUCCUAGGGCUGGUUCUUUAUAUUAUAUUCAUACCUGUACAGAUGCUCAUAGCUAAGAUAACAUCUGUAUUCCGAAGAGCCGCCAUUCUGAAGACGGAUAAGCGUGUGCGAGUAAUGUCUGAGAUUUUAACAUGCAUCAAGCUGAUUAAAAUGUAUGCUUGGGAGAAAUCUUUUGCGAAUACCAUCAAAGGCACCAGAAAAAAGGAAAGGAUAAUCCUGGAAAAAGCCGGAUAUGUACAGAGCGUGAAUUCUGCCCUAACUCCGAUCGUGUCCACUACGGCGAUUGUCUUGACAUUCACCUUCCACAUUCUUCUGAAGCAAGAGCUAACAGCCUCUGUUGCCUUCAGCAUGAUUGCUAUGUUUAACGUCAUGAGGUUUUCACUUGCCAUUCUGCCGUUUUCUGUGAAAGCCUUUGCGGAAGCAAAUGUCGCUAUUAAAAGAAUGGAGAAAAUUCUGCUCACCAAAACUCCUCCUGCCUAUGUGAUGGCACUGGAGGACCCCCAGAAUGCUGUCGUCCUGAAAAAUGCCACUUUGUCCUGGGUGAAUUUGCCUAGUGAAAGCAGCGCUAGAAGUAAUAAGGAGAAUGUCCUGAAAGUGAAAAGUGCACGCAAGCCCCAAUCCACGACUGGAGUCGCCACGUCUCACUCUCAGAUAUCAAGUUCUGGGAAGGAGUGCAGUAGUAGCAAUGUCCUGUCCAACAUCAGUUUUAUGGUGAAGAAAGGCAAGGUUUUAGGGAUUUGCGGACAUGUUGGAAGUGGAAAGAGCUCGAUCAUGUCAGCGAUAUUGGGGCAGAUGUACCUCCAUGAGGGGACUGUCGCGGUGGGUGGUACUUUGGCAUACGUGUCUCAGCAGGCAUGGAUAUUUCACGGGAGCGUCAGAGACAACGUUCUUUUUGGAGAAGCAUACGAUGAGCAGAAGUACAAUUAUGCCAUUGAAGUCUGCAGCCUGAAGUCAGAUAUGGACCUUCUUCCAUACGGAGAUAUGACUGAAAUAGGGGAAAGGGGGCUCAACCUUUCCGGAGGCCAGAAGCAGAGAAUCAGCUUAGCUCGUGCUGUGUACGCCAACAGAGAUAUUUACUUAUUGGAUGAUCCCUUGUCAGCGGUUGAUGCACAUGUUGGCAAGUAUAUUUUUGAAGCAUGUAUCAAAGAAGCGCUCCGAGGGAAGACUAUCCUCCUCGUUACUCACCAGCUGCAGUACUUAGAAUUUUGUGAUGAAAUCAUAUUGCUCGAAGGCGGAGGAAUAUGCGAGAGUGGUACCCACGCAGCGCUGAUGGCUGCGAAGGGGCGUUACGCUCAUCUCAUUGAAAACCUGCACUUGGAGGAAACGCCGCUUCAUUCAGACACGGUGGAUGUAUGUGUGGAAGAGGAUCAGGAGGACGUCCCCGAAAUCUCUUACAUAGGAACCGAAAAUCCCGCUUUUCACAUUUCUGAUGAGAUGAACCAGGAAUCCAGGAGCGACCACAAAAUGAGAAGAGACACAGCUCCUGCAAAUCAACUCGUUCAGAAAGAGGAGAAGCAAGAAGGCUCUGUUAGAUGGAAAACCUACCACGCUUACAUUAAGGCAUCUGGAGGAUUCAUCCUGUGGUUCUUCAUUGUGCUUCUCUUUGUUCUGAUGAUCAGUUGUUCAGCCUUCAGCAACUGGUGGUUGAGUUACUGGUUAAGGCAGGGCUUACAGGCAAACUACAGCUUCUACCAACUCAUCUAUGGAAUGAGCAUCGUUUCCAUGAUUAUCCUGAGCUUCAUCAAAGGCUUUGUUUUCACUAAGACAACAUUGCGGGCGUCAUCGAGACUACACGACACCAUGUUUCACAAGAUCUUAUGGAGCCCAAUGAGUUUCUUUGAUACGACUCCCACUGGCAGAGUAAUGAACCGCUUCUCUAAAGAUAUGGACGAACUGGACGUGCGGCUUCCUUUUCAUGCCGAAAUGUUUCUGCAGCAGCUUUUCAUGGUCCUCUCCAUCAUUGUCAUCGUCGCCAUUGUGUUUCCUUACCUCCUAAUUGGAAUCGCUGUUCUAAUGAUUCUUUUCAUUCUACUCUUCCGGGUUUUCCAGAGCACCAUCCGAGAGCUCAAGCGAUUUGAAAACAUGAGCAAGUCUCCAUGGCUUUCCAUGAUCAUGUCCACUGUCCCAGGCCUUAGCACAAUCCACGCAUACAAUAAGAAGGAGAACUACAGCAUUCGCUUUAGAAAGCUGAACGAUGAGAGCUCCAGCCACUUCAUGCUGUUCAACUAUGCGCUGCGGUGGUUUGCGUUGAGGACAGACAUGCUCAUGACCGUCAUGACUUUGAUCGUCGCCCUCUUUGUCGUCCUUAGCCCUUCUUCCAUCAGCGCUGCAGAAAAAGGCUUGGCCUUGUCUUACACUAUCCAGUUGAGUGGACUUCUGCAAGUGUGUGUGAGAACAGGAUCGGAGACAGAAGCUCGAUUUACACAUGUCGAGCAAAUUAUGGAAUAUAUCACGAAAUGUGUUCCUGAAGCAGCAGAGGGCAAGGCAGUUGCUGUUCCUCCCCCAAACUGGCCUUCUCAGGGUGAAAUUACCUUCAAGAACUACCAGAUGAAAUACAGAGAAGACAGCCCCUUGGUGCUUCAUGACCUAAACAUGAACAUUCACGGCAAGGAAAAAAUUGGGAUUGUUGGCCGGACGGGCUCUGGAAAAUCAUCCUUAGGGGUCGCCUUGUUCAGACUAGCGGAACCAACUGCUGGCACCAUCCUCAUUGACAAUGUUGAUAUCCUCACUAUUAGUUUGGAGUCUCUAAGGACCAAGUUGUCGGUCAUUCCUCAAGAUCCCGUUCUGUUUGUAGGUACAGUAAGGUACAACUUAGAUCCAUUUAAAGACCACACAGACGAUCAAAUUUGGCAAGCUCUGAGCAGAACAUUUAUGAAAAACACAGUUUCAAAACUGCCAGGAAAGUUAGAAGCAGGGGUGGUUGAAAAUGGAGAGAACUUCUCCGUGGGGCAACGGCAGCUGCUCUGUAUGGCGAGGGCGCUCCUCCGAAAUUCAAAAAUAAUACUUCUCGACGAGGCAACUGCAUCCAUCGAUUCCGAAACAGAUGUGCAGAUUCAGCAGACCAUCCGGGAAGCUUUUGCCGACUGCACCGUCUUGACCAUUGCUCAUCGUAUGAACACCAUUCACGAGUGUGACCGUGUGUUGGUGAUGGAUAAGGGGAAGAUAGUGGAGUUUGGCAAACCGGAUGAGCUCCUUCAAAAACCCAAUUCCGCAUUUGCAUCACUCCUAGCUGCUACAAGCAACGUCGGAUCCUAGGACAUGAAAAUAUUGAAUGGUGUUUUCUCUGUGGACUUCAGGAAAAAAAGGCUUAAUAUGGACAGGAAGAACAGAAUUGAUAUCUAACGUCUUGCCGACAAAGAAAUAUGAUAACCUUCACUGAAGGCCACAUUUAAGGGCAAACUCUGAAGCUUGAUAGAACCAGGGGCAGCUGAAACUAAG